CUAAUGAAAAAAGACUGAUAAAAGAAGAGAAAAACAAAUUUCCCUUUUCUCUAGUCACUCUUCUCUGUUGAUCAAUUCCAUCACACAGACCUUCGGCAAACUGAUAUAAUAUGUUUUUCAUGUCUGCAAUCACCCAUUUGUCGCCUUUAACUCACACCGUAUCUUCGAUCUCAAGCGGAUUCACAUUCUCAUUAGCUCGUUCCUUCUCACAUGACUCGCUUUGUCUCAACAAGCUCUUGGCUUACCCCAAAGACAUUGCUUCUAUUUCGCUUCUUUUUGAUCAAUUCGAUCAACCCAGCCCUCAACAAUGGGACAUCAUUAUCAGAGACAUUUCUUCAAGUUCCCAACCCGAGAAGUCCCUCCUUUUCUACAUUGUAAUGCGUAGAAAUGGUGUCGUUCCCACUAAACAUACGUUCCCUUCCCUUCUCAAAUCCUUUUCCAAGUCCAAACGAAACCCGCUUCAGCUUUUGCCUCAUAUUGUUAAGUACGGAAUGGAUUCCGACUCUUUUGUUAGAAAUUCAUUGAUUUCCGUACUUUUUAGCUCGCUAGACGUGCAACUUGCUCGUCAAGUGUUCGAUGAAAGUACGCAAACGGAUGUGGUUUCUUGGACUGCUUUAAUUAACGGGUAUUUGAAAAUUGGUUGCUUUAUUGAAGGGUUGAAAUGCUUCAAGGAAAUGAGGUUAAAGUGUGUAAAAACUUGCGGAAUGACUGUUGUAAGUAUCCUCGGCGCCGCAGGAAAAAUGGGUAAUGUUUGGUUUGGAAGGAGUAUUCAUGGAUUAUACGUAGAAACAGGGAGAGUUAAAUGGGAUGUUUUCAUUGGUAGUGCCAUUGUUGAUAUGUAUUCAAAAUGUGGCGUCUAUGGUGAAGCACGAAAAUAUUUCGAUCAAAUGCCAAGUAAAAAUGUGGUGUCAUGGACAGCUUUGAUAGCUGGUCAUUUGCGAUGUAAUAGAUAUAAUGAAGCAAUUAUCUUCUUUCAAGAUAUGCUAAUGGAGAAGGUUAGGCCAAGUGAUUUUACAAUUACUAGUGUUCUUGCUGCUUGUGCUGAAAUAGGGGAUUUGAUCCAUGGAAGGUGCGUUCAUGGACAUAUAAGUAGAUAUAAAUUGGAGAUGAAUUCUGAAGUUGGGACGGCAUUGAUAAAUAUGUAUGCAAAGUGCGGGUGUUUGAAUGAGGCUUUCAUGGUUUUUAAGAAACUUUGUGGAAAAGAUGUUUAUGCUUGGACUGCCAUGAUUAAUGGGUUUGCCAUGCAUGGUGAUGCAAUAGGCUCCUUAAAUCUGUUCAAUGAAAUGCUAAGUAGUGGUAUUCAUCCAAAUGAAGUAACCUUCCUUGGAGUUCUUAAUGCAUGCUCUCACGGAGGUCUUGUUGAUGAGGGACGCAAAGUCUUCACAAUGAUGAAGCAAAGGUAUGAUUUGGAACCUGGCUUAGAUCAUUACAGUUGCAUGGUUGACAUGCUUGGUCGAGCCGGGUACUUGGAAGAAGCAAAGAAGAUGAUCGGAGAUAUGCCAAUAGAGCCUUCGGCUCGAGUAUGGGCAGCUCUGUUUGGGGCAUGUAUGAUUCACAAGGCAUAUGAUCUAGGUGAAUAUAUUGGAAAACAUUUGAUCAAUUUGCAACCAAAACAUAGUGGUAGAUAUGCCCUUUUGGCAAACUUGUACUCAAGGUGCCAAAAAUCGGAUUCAGCAGCUGAGAUAAGAAAGCUUAUGAAAGAGAAAGGUGUUAAAAAGAUACCAGGAUGUAGCUGGAUUGAAAUCAAUGGUGCAAUCCAUGAGUUCACUGCCUUUGGUUCAUCUCAUUAUGAAUCCUAUAGUUUGAAUGAGAUGAUUGAUUGUUUUAUAGCUCAAAUGAGACUUGGUUGUAGCUUCUUUGCAUUUGAUGUGGAUAUGGAAUGAGAUUAUUUUCCAUAAUGUGAGCUUUCAUUUCUGACGAAGUAAACAUUAGGCUUCAGUUAAUGGCCA